UGGCAAGCCUUCCCCGGACUGAAAUCAGCUCCUUGCCCUUCCAGCAGGCUGGCCAGGCAUUUUUGGCGUGGGGGGGCUCCAGCGGCAUCGGUUCCUCGGCCUGUCUUGAGAGCAAGCUCGGGUCGAUGAAGCGCUUCCUGGGGGCCUGGGUCGGAUAGCACAAAGGCAGCAGCGGGCGGAAGGGCCUGCCAGCCAGCCGGAGCAGGUCCAUCUGCAGAAUCUGAGAAAGUUGGUCCUCCCUUCCCAACUGAAAAGAUGGUUGCGUUACGGCAGUUUGGACUUCUUCUCUGGAAGAAUUACAUCUUGCAGAAGCGGAAGAUUUUGGUCACACUCAUUGAGAUUUGUCUCCCCUUGUUGUUUGCGGCCAUCCUGAUUGGCCUUCGCCACCGUGUCCAUUCAGUCAAUCACCCCAAUGCCACCUUAUACCACAGCAAGCAGGUGGAUAGACUGCCCAAAUUCUUCCAUCUCUGGCAUCCGGGCGUCCUCUGGGAACUGGCGUACAUUCCCUCCAACAACACAGCCGUGCAAAGGAUCGCCGAGGCGGUGGAGAAGGCCUUGGAGAUCAAUAUCAAAGCUCGAGGGUUUCCAUCAGAAAAAGACUUUGAACACUACAUCAGGUUUGAUAACCAUUCAGGCAAUGUUCUGGCAGGACUGGUUUUUGAGAACUGUUUGGCUAACAGUCAGGAUCCCUUGCCACUCCAGGUCAGUUACCAGCUACGUUUCAAAUAUAGCCCUAGAAAUGCUCCUCAGAGUGAGAGGACAGGGUUGAACCCCAACUUGGAUCGAGACUGGAACACAAACUACCUCUUCCCAUUGUUCCAGUUACCAGGACCCCGAGAGGCAAAAAGUGAUGAUGGAGGCACACCAGGGUACUUCCGUGAAGGUUUCCUUGCAGUGCAACAUUUGGUGGAUAAGGCAAUCAUUCAGUAUCACGCCAACACAACUACUGCUGAUCUGCUGGAUCGGGUGACCGUGACUGUUCAGCGCUUUCCCUAUCCUCCUUACGUGAAUGACCUCUUCCUCUUGGCUAUUCAGAACCAGCUCCCCUUGUUACUCAUGCUGAGCUUCACCUAUACCUCCCUCAACAUUGUCCGUGCUGUGGUGCAUGAGAAAGAGAAGAAGCUGAAGGAGUACAUGAGAAUGAUGGGUCUAAGUAACUGGCUACACUGGAGCGCAUGGUUCCUCCUGUUCUUCCUUUUCCUCUUAGUGUCCAUCUUCUUUGUGACCAUCCUCUUCUGUGUCAAGGUGAGCGAACAGGGAGCAGUGUUGCCAAACAGUGACCCAACUCUGGUGUUUACCUUCCUAGCAGUGUUUUCCAUCUCAACCAUCUCCUUCAGCUUCAUGGUCAGCACGUUCUUUUCAAAAGCAAAUGUAGCCGCAGCUGCGGGAGGGUUCCUCUAUUUUUUCUCCUACAUUCCGUACUUUUUUAUCUCCCCGCGCUACGACCACAUGACUCACAGCCAGAAAGUCUCAUCCUGCCUUAUCUCCAACGUCGCCAUGGCCAUGGGGGCACAGCUGAUCGGCAUGUUUGAAGGGAAAGGCACGGGAGUGCAGUGGGAAAACCUGAUGAAGGCCAUCAGCGUAGAUGAUAACUUCACAAUGGCCCAUGUCCUGGGUAUGCUACUCCUGGAUUCUGGGAUGUAUGGCUUGGUGGCUUGGUACAUGGAGACUGUAUUUCCUGGAGAAUAUGGCAUUCCACAGCCCUGGUAUUUCUUUAUCAUGCCUUCUUAUUGGUGUGGGAGCCCCCAGACAGUUUUGGGGAAAGAGAAGGAAGAAGAGGAAGACCCAGAAAAGGCCUUGAAAAGUCAAUUCAUAGAGGAGGAGCCUUCAGACUUGGUGUCAGGAAUAAAAAUCAAGCAUCUUUCCAAGGUGUUCAAGGUGGGAAACAAAACCAGAGAAGUUGUGAAGGACCUGACUCUUAAUAUGUACGAAGGGCAGAUCACUGUCCUUCUUGGACACAAUGGGGCUGGGAAAACUACCACGCUGUCCAUGCUGACAGGACUGUAUCCUCCAACAAGUGGACAGGCAUACAUCAAUGGCUAUGAAAUCUCCCAGGACAUGGUUCUCAUCCGAAAAAGUCUAGGUCUUUGUCCUCAGCAUGAUGUCCUCUUUGACCACAUGACGGUAGAAGAGCAUCUUUACUUCUACUCUGGGCUGAAAGGGUUCCUUGCUGAAAAAUGCCCAGGGGAGAUCACCCAUAUCCUGCACAUCCUCAACUUACAAGACAAACGUGGGACUUUGUCGAAGGCGCUCUCUGGAGGGAUGAAACGCAAGCUCUCUAUUGCCAUUGCUCUCAUUGGGGACUCCAAGGUGGUGAUGCUGGAUGAACCUACCUCAGGCAUGGACCCCGUUUCACGACGAGCCACUUGGGAGCUCUUGCAGCAGCAGAGGAGAACCCGCACCAUCCUCCUCACCACCCACUUCAUGGAUGAGGCAGACCUGCUGGGUGACCGCAUUGCCAUUAUGGCCAAGGGAGAGCUCCAGUGCUGUGGAUCAUCCCUCUUUCUCAAGCAUAAAUAUGGUGCUGGGUACCACAUGGUGAUGGUGAAAGAGCCCUGUUGCAACCUUGGAGAGAUCUCCCGCCUCAUCUACCAUUACGUCCCCAACGCCUCUCUUGAAAGCAAUGUGGGAGCAGAGUUGUCCUUCAUCCUUCCCAAGGAGAGUACACACAAAUUUGAGGCUCUGUUCACAGAGCUGGAGUUACGCCGGGAAGAACUGGGCAUUGCCAGUUAUGGAGCCUCAGUUACUACAAUGGAGGAGGUCUUCCUUAGAGUUGGCAAGCUCGUGGAUUCCAGCAUGGACAUCCAAGCUACCCAGUUGCCUGCUUUGCAGUACCAGCAUGAACGGCGAUCCAAUGAUUGGGCCAUGGAUGAUUCCAGCAGCCUGAGUGGGUUGACCAGCAUGACAGAAGACAACGGGGCUCUCAUCACAGAAGAUUGCUCCAAUAUUAAGCUGAACACAGGGUUCUAUCUCUGUUGCCAGCAAUUUUACGCCAUGUUUAUGAAGAGGGCUGUCUACAGCUGGCGCAACUGGAAGAUGGUGGCCGCGCAGUUCUUGGUGCCUCUUAUUUUCACUGCUUUCGCCUUGAUUGUCGCCAAGACCUUCCCGGGGCCUCAAGACUCUCCACUGUUGAAGCUGACCUUAAAUCCAUAUGGCCAGACCACUGUGCCUUUCUCCAUCUCCCAAGGGUCCAGUUUGGGCGAGCGGCUGGCAGCACAGUACAAGGAUGUGGUUGGUGCUCAGCGCCAAGGGGCAUUGGAGGUGGUAGGGAACUUGGAGGAAUACCUGAUUUCUCGAGCAUCAGAAGAGGGUGGAGCCUUUAAUGAGCACUACAUUGUGGCAGCUUCUUUCAAAGAAACCUCAGACCAGAUGGAAGCAACGGCUCUUUUCAACAACCAGCCAUUUCAUUCUUCUGCGGCCGCAUUGCUACUGGUGGACAACGCCUUGCUGAAGCUAGUAGCUGGACCAAAUGCUUCCAUCACAGUUGCCAACUACCCACAACCUCGUAACAUGACCGAGACAGCAAAGGACCAGCUCAUGGAAAGCCAGACAGGCUUCGCGAUCGCCAUUAACUUGCUCUACGGAAUGGCCUCCUUGUCCAGUACCUUUGCACUCCUGCUAGUCAGUGAGAGGGCCAUCAAAGCCAAACAUGUACAGUUUGUCAGCGGUGUUUACAUGGUUAAUUUCUGGCUCUCGGCACUUCUGUGGGACCUCAUCAACUUCCUUACACCCUGCACCCUUAUACUGGUGAUCUUCCAAGCCUUUGACGUCAAAGCCUUCACCGAGGACAACCAUCUUGUGGAUAUAAUGCAGAUAUUUCUUCUGUAUGGGUGGGCCAUUAUCCCCCUCAUGUACCUGCUCAGCUUCUUCUUUUCCAUGGCAGCCACAGCUUACACCCGCCUCACCAUCUUCAACAUCUUCUCUGGCACAGCCACAUUCUUGGCAGUCGCCAUCAUGAGCAUUCCUGAACUUGGAAUGGUGGAUCUCUCUAAGACACUGGAUAAGGUCUUCCUCGUCCUGCCCAACUACUGCUUGGGACAAAGUAUCAGCAUGUUUUACCAGAAUUAUGAGUUCAUUCAGUUCUGCACUUCUUCUUUUGAAUCACUGGUCAUCUGCAAAGUAUUUAAUAUCAGCUACCAGACCAACUACUUUGCUUGGGAAAGCCCAGGCGUUGGAAAAUACUUGACAGCUCUGGCAGCCCAAGGACUCUCCUUCCUUCUCCUGCUCUUUCUCAUUGAGACUAACCUCCUCUGGAGAAUGAGGACCAUUGUCUGCGAUUUACGACGGAGGCGAAAAUGGGUCAUGCUGUUGAACCAGGUUCCAGUGCUACCAGAAGACCGGGAUGUUGCUGACGAGAGAAAGAAGGUGCUGGAAUCACCCACAGCAUCCAUUUCUUCACUGAAUAGUCCUCUUGUGAUUAAGGAGCUUACCAAGGUGUACAGUAGUAGGGAUUCCUGUCUGGCUGUGGACAGGAUCUCUCUCGCGGUCAGCAAAGGAGAGUGUUUUGGCCUUUUGGGUUUCAACGGGGCAGGCAAAACGACAACCUUCAAGAUGCUGACGGGGGACGAGAGCAUCACCUCAGGAGAUGCCUAUGUAGAUGGGCACAGCAUCCUGGCCAAUAUCAAAAAGGUCCAGCAACGGAUCGGGUACUGCCCUCAAUUUGAUGCACUUUUGGAUCACAUGACCGGGAGGGAGACCUUGAGCAUGUAUGCCCGUCUCCGAGGCAUCCCUGAGCGCUACAUCAGCAGCUGUGUGGAGAACAUGCUUCGGGGGUUGCUCUUGGAACCUCAUGCCAACAAGCUCAUCCGCACGUACAGUGGUGGGAACAAGCGGAAACUGAGUGCAGGAAUUUCUCUCAUUGGGGGACCUCCUGUGGUGUUCCUGGAUGAGCCCUCCACUGGCAUGGACCCUGUGGCCAGGCGCCUUCUAUGGGAUGCUGUUGCUCGGACACGGGAGUGUGGGAAGUCCAUCAUUAUCACUUCUCACAGCAUGGAAGAGUGCGAAGCGUUGUGCACCAGGUUGGCUAUCAUGGUGAAUGGGCAGUUCAAGUGUCUGGGUAGCCCUCAGCACCUGAAGAGCAAGUUUGGCAGUGGGUACACCCUGCUGGCAAAGACCCAUAGCGAUGAAGAAGGCCACGUGGAAGACUUCAAGGCCUUUGUGGAAAAGACAUUCCCCGAGAGCAUCCUGAAGCAUGAACAUCAGGGCAUGGUCCAUUACCACCUCACCAAUAAGAACCUCAGUUGGGCACAGGUGUUUGGGACACUAGAGAAAGCCAAAGAGAAGUACUGCAUAGAAGAUUAUUCCGUGAGCCAAAUCUCCUUGGAGCAAGUCUUUAUGAGCUUCACGCGUUUCCAGCACUACACAGAGGAUCGAGAGAAAUGAGUCCAAUCUUCUCCAGCCUGUUUUUGCGGACUGACCUGUUGCCUAUAACAUAGUAUACAAAGAGAAGGUAAUUUAUAGUAUCAGCCAUGUCUCCAACAAGAAAAGGAUGGACGUAUUCUCACUGGACAAGUGGUACACCACAGUACUGACAUUAUGAGGAUGAAUGCAUGGGUUGUAUGUAUGUGUUGACAUGUCCAUUUGUCUGUGUGAGGCAUGAGGAGAAAUGCUUAACCAUCUUUCAAGGCAGCUGGGAUGUCCUACCAACUCUCACGCUACCUUGAUGACAAUGGGAGGGCACAGCCUACUACAGUCAUGGAGGUAAUUAACCCCGAAUCUUGGGACAAUUCAAUAAUUCAGUAUAUUGGACACUAGGAUACUAGUUUCUUCUUUCUUCCCCACCCUCCCAACCUCAUCUUCUUGAGAAGUUUCCAUUGGACCAGUGUCGGUGUCAUUGACCUGCCUGCAUGUCCCCGAUUUUGGAGCGUUGACAGCACGUACUCAUCUGUAUGGCUGUGAUCCACAUGUGUAUGUUCAGACAAAACUCUUUGGAAUCUACCCAUUCACGGUCUGUUUGCAACCAUUGGAUGGUGAAAAAGCAAGCACGUAAAUGAAAGAAGCAAGCCAUUCUGAGCCCUUCCUUAGAUCACAUCCAGGGAAUAGAUUUUGCUCUUCAAGAACUAGUGAAGCAAGAUUUAGCAUCUCCACUUUCCUGGUGAGAAUUUUACAGGUUUACCUGGACAGAAUCCUUCUGUAUCCAUACUGCAUACCGUACACCAAUAUCUAAGUUUCUUUUCUUCUGCUUUCCAGAGACCUCAUGAGCAUCAGGCCACAAGCAAGGUUCAUGAGCUUUGUCAUUGCAAAGCUGCCUUUGAUGUCAUUUUGAACAACUUUCCCCAAUCUGGGUGCCCUCGGGUGGGCAGACUUCCAACUCCCAGGAUUCCCCAGCAAGCGUGCCAUUGCUGAAAAUUCUGGGAGUUGAUAUCUGUACCGCUGGAACUCAUUCAAGCAGAGGAAGUUGAUUCAGAGAGAUUGUGUCUGAAAGCUUAGAGCUCGGUGCUCACAUCAGCUCAGAACUGUUGCUAGCUGCAACAAGGUAGAAAAUCCAUUUUGUUGGCUGUCUUAUUGCUUGCUGAUUCUUGUAGACGUGCUGGACGUGGCAAAGGAAGCCAUAAUUCUGUUUCUGGAAACUCAGAGAGCCAGUGCGUUCUCUCUUACGCUUUGACAUUACAACCUAUCCUGGGUGCCUCAUCCCACAUCUGAGAUCAGCCACAGGCUCCCUCUGCAUUUUUCCCCAUUGAAAUCCAUUGAUACGGAAUGGCAGCAGACAACAAUCCAUCUUGGUGCACAGGGAGACAGUUUUAUUUUUCACGUAUUUCAUUUUACAACCAAAGACCAAAUCAUAAUGGAGUUAUGCAGCCCAAAAAAGCCCUCUUUGAAUGAUGGGAAGGUCAUUUAUAGCUUCCAUGUAUACCUACGCAAAGGCCCCACUCUGUUAAAUAGCUGUUUUCCAACCCAAUCAACUCUGGUUUGAUUGGAGUACAAUUUCUGUCAUUUCCAGCUACUUCCUUGCUCAGUCCUGGUUCCUUGGUUGGAUCCCAAGUUUCCCCAAGGUAAGCUCUGAAGUGCUUCCACUAAGAUUAUGUCCUGGUUGUUCCUGCUUUUAAUACCUGGGGAAGGAAGGGGCUUAUAAGGUGAAUUAACCUUGGAGGAAUUUUUCCCCAUUCCCCAUCUUUGGAGGGCAUUUCUCUACAAAAUUAUCCUGUCUAACCCACCUUUUAGUAUUAUAUUUUAGAAAAAGGUUGGACCACAAAGGGAGGAUUGAAGUGAGCCAUUCUUCCAUCAGAUCUAGUGACUAGAUUUCAUAGGGCCAGAUGUGCUGCUGGCCAGAUGUGCCAUCCACCAAAUCCAGUCUUGGACACCUGCUUGCACCUGGCAAACUUGAAUACAUCUGCUCUGCAUGAAGCCCUCUAUAUGCUACUUGCUAGAUCAGCAAAAUACUUUUUGGGGGAUGGGGGUGCAGCCAAAAAACAUCCUGUUUCUAUGGAGGCUUCAGUCAUGGUGCUUGAAUUUUUAUUCUGGGCCUCCAGCUUUUAUUCACCCUGUCCACCAAGGGGCUUACAAUAUUUCCUGCAACAUCACUGCUUUUCAUCCAGAUAGGACACAAUGUGACACAAAUAUCUUCCUUCCUUCCUCCCUCCCUUGGAAGAUGCUUCUAGACCAUAAUAAGUAAGCUUAGAAAUUAUAGUGGUAGGGUUUUUAAGGGUGACCGGGUUCUUUGGCACCGAGGAGAAGGGAAUUAUGCUCUGCAUAAUUCUUCCAUUCUGUGUGGUUCAGCCAAAUGAUGGUUGCAUCUCAAUGUUCAGUGAUGGCUUUUCUUGGCACACUGAAAGUCUGCUUUGGAGACAAAGUCCACAGUCCAUCUGCCAGUUGUGUCUUGCAAAAGUUCUUGGAAACUGGAAAAAAAAAAAAGACCAUGCAGGGUUCUCUUCUCUGCUUAACAAAUUAGGGGCUAAAACUCAUUGCUAUUUGAAUUGAUACAUAAACUCAUUGCUGCUUGAAUCAAUGCAAUAUAUUAAAUGAGCAUCUGUACAUCUGUUAGCCAGAGGAGAAAUGGAAAUUAGGUGGGACCAGGAAGGGAAAAGUUAAAGGAGGACCCAGGACUUAUUCUGCGGUGGCUUCAAAUUAAUAGUUAACUUUUAAUUUUUGCUUCUGUGGAGAUGUUUUAGUUUGUCCUUUAGAAAGAACUGUGCCUUUCGGUGCUUGUGUCUGCAUGGAGUCUUGUCAACAGGAACACAGACCAUCCUUCUUCCUGUUAAAGCUGAGCACUCAGGAGCUGCCUGGCUUUAAAAAAAUUCUAUCCCCUUUUUUUGAAAAUGAUGUCACCCCUUCUUGAACAUCUAUAUUAGUGUCUACAAUGAUCUGGACGUGAUUCCAAAACUGACGAGCCAAUUACCAAGUUUGUAAAGAACGUCCUUGCGAGGACAAUUUAAUACCUUUGGAUUUGUAAAAUUUCAAGCAAACCAAUGGAAACCCCAUGACAGCAACAAGAAGCAGGGUUUCCAAGCAGGUCAGAAGAUCUUUUCAAAAUUAUGCAAGGGAGCAAAUCAGGUGGAGAGAAGUUGCAGUUACUUAGUCAUGAGUUUAUGGCACUCUCUGCCCUGGGCGUAGUCAUGUUUUCCAAAGGGGUGGAGGGAAAUCUGUAGGAAUGGAGCCCUGAUGGGUCUAAUUAUUCUCCUUGUUCUGAAUGCCAGUUGCAGGAAGCAACAGAGUGUUUCCACCUGCCCAAUUCACAGGCUGGUGUAAGGGCUUGAUUGUUGCGUGCUGCAGUUGCAUAAUGUGGAUCUAGCAAGAUUGGACCUGGUUACGAGUACAUCAGCUGGGUACGCAGCUUCACCAACAAGGUCCUCCUGGAGGGUUGUGAUUGCAGUUCCCUAAUUUCCCUGUAGCAGCUGCUAAUCCUUUGAGAUUGCCUUUUCCUUUCCAAAAGUAUAACUCAGGAUGGUCCAUAUUCAUACAAUAUACUGACUGUGCGUGGCUCCAGGAGAGAAUGACCUGAUCCUACUACCCUUGCUCUCAGCAAAACAGCCUGAUCCUGUGACACUGUAAUCUAUCUGUGGACACCUGAGGGAGAGGGGGGAGACAGAAUCUAUCCUUUCUUGCCCCUGACCUACAAAGCCCUCCACUGGGCAAGGCAGUUCCAGCAAGUGGUAUAGAUUCCUCCUCCUCCUCCUCCUCCUCCUCCUCCUACUACUACUACUACUUGGUAAGGCAGUUCCAGAAAUUGGUGUAAAACUACUUCCUCCUCCUCCCUGUGCUGGUAGAUGUGGCUGCU